GUCCUGUCUUGUCUCUGCUGCCUAUUGACUCUCACAAGCUCUCCUUUCAAGAUUUAAGCCUGCUUGCCAGGUUUCUAUCUUGCAAUCCCCUCUAUGAGUAUGACAAGGCACUUCCACUUCCCCCAGUCCCCCUCAAAUGUUACCCACGUGCAGAGCUAGCGAGCCUGUAUACAGUCAUCUCCAAGGAGGUCAAUGCUCUGCUGAAUAAAUAUCAACAGAUGCCAAACGGGGAUCCCAAGUUCAAGCUUCAUAUGAUUUGUGUUGUGAAUGAUCGGGUCCGCGGCCCUGCUCCAUGGCCUCCUCAUCGCCAUGGCCACUCUCACGUCAACUUCGUGGCUACUUCCAAAAGCCCUGGUGGUGAAGCUCCUACUUUAUUUUUUGCUGAAAUUAAUGCUGACAACCGAAGCAUGUCCUUCUGUUGCCCUGUGGAUCUGCCGCCGCCAUGUGCUGCGCAAAUUCCUUGUAUUUACUGUGAAUCCAUGGGGACUCGAAUUGUGCAUCCGGUCGGGAUACACUUCACUGGGCGUGACUCGGAGUUUGAGAACAUGGCCUGUGAAAAAGACCCCCUUGGGCGUGUGUAUGCAACCAUGAGAAUCAUCAACCAUAGGCGUGGCAUGGCGGAGAGCGUCCAUGUUAACGUGAAAGAAGAUAGCCUCUAUGAUGGCAUGGAUGGGCACAAGAGUAAGUAUGACAUCGAGACGGGUUCCUUGAGCAUGAAAGAAUACGUGUUAUUGAUACCAGCUUUGAUAUGACCCCUUGUGAUAUAAAUACCGAGGUCAUUGUUGUUUUGCCUGAAGCCGGUGUUGUCCAAAAAUACGCUACAUAUACAUCGGAAUACCUGAUGACAAGUUACAACGAUGAACAAGAAUUACUCGUUA